AUGGAGACCGCCAGUUCAAGAUCAGCGACCUCCUCAAAUUCGCUAAACUCCGCAUCAACGCCACACGUCGUCAAGUACACGGACCCGACCAAAAUCCGCUUCGCCGUCACCUGCUCCUCGAAUAUGAAUCGCAGCAUGGAAGCGCACGGCUUUUUAAAAAAAAAAGGCAUAUCAAUCGAGUCGUUUGGCACCGGCAAUCAAGUGAAACUGCCCGGCAAGUCGGCGACGACGCCCAAUUGCUACGAUUUCGGCACGCCGUACGAUUUCAUCUUCAAGGACCUGUCGAAAAAGGACAAGGCAUAUUACACGGAAAAUGGGCUCCUGAGCAUGCUCGAUCGGAACCGGCGGAUCAAAGAGGCCCCCCAGAAGCUCCAAGUCUGCACCGACGAGUUUAACGUAAUCAUUGCGCUCGAAGAAAGGGUGUACGAUCAGGUGCUCGACCAUUUCUUCAGCAAAAAACAAGACCGCAUGGUGCUCGUCCACAUUAUCAACAUUGACAUCGAAGACAACCACGAGGAUGCGACGAAUGGCGCGUGGCUGGUGACCGAUAUUUGUGAAAAGCUCAGCAAAUGCCGCGAUUUGACGGCCGACAUCGAGCGGGUCAUCGAAGAAUUCGCCGACAGGAACCCCGAGCGCAACAUAAUGCACACAAUCAAGUUUUAC